UUGCUUUAAACCUCUCCACCACCAUUCCUCGGUAAAAUAGUAAAACCAACGAUGAGUCGAUGACCACAACUCCAAGUCUACAGAUUUCUUUCUUCUGAUCUACUCCUGAAAACCCUAAUUCAAGAGAAUCGUUUUGUCGCAGUAUUCGAAGGCAUUGAAUUGUUCUAUUACUACAACUAUGUCGACGCAGAGAGCCCCAAGAACGCCGGCGGAAAUCGAGGAUAUUAUCCUCAGGAAGAUAUUUCUUGUAUCGCUCGUCGAUUCCAUGGAGAGCGAUUCGCGAAUAGUCUAUCUGGAGAUGUCCGCAGCCGAGAUUUUGAGCGAGGGUAAGGAGCUGAAGUUAUCGCGAGAACUAAUGGAGAGAAUCAUAAUUGAUAGACUGUCCGGCAACUUCCCCGCCGCCGAGCCCCCGUUUCAGUACUUACUCAAUUCUUAUCGCCGCGCAUAUGAGGAAGGGAAGAAAAUCGCAUCGAUGAAGGAUAAAAACGUGAGAUCAGAGAUGGAAGGUGUAGUGAAACAAGCCAAGAAAUUAGCAGUUUCGUACUGUAGGAUUCACUUAGGGAAUCCUGAUAUGUUCCCUAAUAAUGACACGAGCAAAUCGAAUGUUUCUCCAUUACUGCCGUUAAUUUUUGCUGAGGUUGGGGGUAAUCUUGAUGGGUUUGGAGGGAGUAGUGGUGGGAUUUCGUGCCCCCCUGGUUUUCUUGAGGAAUUCUUUAGGGAUGCUGAUUAUGAUUCAAUGGAGCCUAUUUUGAAGCAGUUGUAUGAGGAUUUGAGAGGUAGUGUUUUGAAGGUUUCGGCUCUGGGGAAUUUCCAACAGCCACUAAGGGCGUUGUUGUUGAUGGUAAACUAUCCAGUGGGGGCAAAGGCAUUGGUAAAUCAUCCAUGGUGGAUUCCAAAAGGUGUGUAUUUGAAUGGUAGAGUGAUUGAGAUGACCAGUAUAUUGGGACCCUUUUUUCAUGUUAGUGCAUUGCCUGAUCAUGCUAUAUUCAAGAGUGAACCUGAUAUUGGCCAACAGUGCUUCUCUGAAGCAUCAACACGCCGCCCAGCAGAUCUUUUAUCAUCCUUUACAACUAUCAAAACUGUUAUGAACAACUUAUAUGAUGGGUUGGCAGAAGUUCUUAUGUGCCUUCUUAAGAAUACAAAUACCCGUGAAAAUGUUCUUGAGUACCUUGCAGAAGUCAUCAACAGAAAUGCUUCAAGGGCACAUUUACAAGCCGAUCCGUUAUCUUGUGCUAGUUCCGGCAUGUUUGUAAAUCUCAGUGCCGUAAUGCUUCGUCUCUGCGAGCCAUUUUUAGAUGCCAAUUUGACAAAAAGGGACAAAAUUGAUCCUAAAUAUGUAUUUUACAGUAGCCGCCUGGAACUGAGAGGACUGACUGCUCUACAUGCAACAUCUGAUGAAGUAUCUGAAUGGUUUAACAAUAAUACUGCGAAGGUUGAUAUCUCAACAAAUAAUAGCGAUGGACAAAGCCGAUUGCUACAAUCUCAAGAAGCUACAAGUUCUGGCAGUAAUGCUAAUGAACCUUCUCUCCUCCAAAAUAAUAGUUCAGUCUCCAGAAGUAGUGAAAAAGCCAAAUAUCCAUUCAUAUGUGAAUGCUUCUUCAUGACUGCUAGGGUGCUUAACUUGGGGUUGCUAAAAGCGUUUUCGGACUUCAAACAUCUUGUUCAGGAUAUUUCUAGAUGUGAAGAUGCUUUAUCCUCUUUUAAAGCCAUGCAAGAGCAAGCGCCUUCUGCACAAUUGCAGCAAGAUAUAACCCGCCUGGAGAAAGAAAUUGAGUUGUACUCACAGGAGAAGUUAUGCUAUGAAGCGCAAAUACUAAGGGAUGGAGGAAUUCUUCAGCGCGCAUUGUCUUACUACCGCUUAAUGGUAGUUUGGUUGGUCGGCUUAGUAGGUGGAUUUAAAAUGCCUCUACCACCAACAUGCCCAAAGGAAUUUGCUUCUAUGCCGGAGCACUUUGUGGAAGACACCAUGGAGUUGCUAAUUUUUGCCUCACGGAUUCCUAGAGCUUUAGACGGGGUUAUGCUGGACGAUUUUAUGAACUUCAUCAUUAUGUUCAUGGCCAGCCCGGAGUACAUCAGAAAUCCAUAUCUCAGAGCCAAAAUGGUUGAGGUCCUUAAUUGUUGGAUGCCUCGGAGAAGUGGCUCAAAGGCAACCGAAACUUUGUUUGAAGGGCAUCAGUUGUCCCUUGAGUAUCUAGUGAGGAAUCUUCUGAAGCUCUAUGUUGAUAUUGAAUUCACGGGUUCCCACACACAGUUCUAUGACAAGUUUAACAUCCGUCACAACAUUGCCGAACUCCUUGAGUACUUAUGGCAGGUUCCUAGUCAUCGUAAUGUCUGGAGAAAGAUAGCUAAGGAGGAAGAGAAGGGCGUCUAUCUGAACUUUUUGAACUUUUUGAUUAAUGAUAGCAUUUACCUAUUGGAUGAAAGUCUAAACAAAAUUCUUGAACUGAAAGAACUGGAAGCUGAGAUGUCUAAUACUGUGGAAUGGGAGAGGAGACCUGCCCAGGAGAGGCAGGAGAGAACUCGACUCUUUCACUCUCAGGAGAAUAUUAUUAGGAUUGAUAUGAAAUUGGCGAAUGAAGAUGUGAGCUUGCUGGCAUUUACUUCGGAGCAGAUAACAGCCCCUUUUCUGCUGGCGGAGAUGGUUGAAAGAGUUGCUAGCAUGCUGAAUUAUUUUUUGUUACAACUCGUGGGGCCCCAAAGAAAAUCUCUUAGCUUGAAAGACCCUGAAAAGUACGAGUUUCGACCCAAAUUGUUACUAAAGCAGAUUGUUAAUAUAUAUGUCAACCUGGCCCGAGGAGACAAGGAUAAAAUUUUCCCAAUAGCCAUCACAAAGGAUGGUCGUUCAUACAAUGAGCAGCUCUUUGGUGCUGCAGCUGAUGUGUUGAGGAGAAUUGGGGAAGAUGGUAGGAUAAUACAAGAGUUUGUUGACCUUGGAGCAAAAGCCAAAGUUGCUGCUUCUGAAGCAAUGGAUGCAGAGGCUGCUCUUGGAGACAUACCAGAUGAGUUCCUUGACCCUAUUCAGUACACUUUAAUGAGGGAUCCUGUCAUUCUGCCAUCAUCCAAGGUCAUCGUAGACAGACCAGUUAUUCAGAGGCAUCUCUUAAGUGACAGCACAGAUCCAUUUAACCGGUCUCAUCUGACGGCGGACAUGUUAAUACCCGAUGUGGAGUUGAAGGCAAGAAUUGAAGAAUUUAUUAAGUCCCAAGAGCUGAAAAGGCGUGGAGAAGGCUUGAGCAUGCAAAGCACCAAAGCCACCAUACAGACUACUGAUACAACUACCUUAAUUGAUUAGCUAUGAUAUUUAGGAUGUUAUAUGUAAAUCAAAUCUGGUCGUGUAUUUUGUAACCAGUCAAUAUUACAUCAUCUCAUGUUAUGCUGAUUGUGGAUAAGGCAGUCCGUUUACUACCAUCAAGAAAAUGCAUACUUCGUUGAACA